CGCACACAGAUCUUUUCCAGCAGCUCGACAAAGCGGUCGCGAGGAAUCGUCGUCGGUCCUCUUUGCGGUUCUUGUUUUUUUCUGGGUCACCACGACGGAACGCGACGGCGGAUUAUUUUUCGGUUCGGUUCGGUUUCGUCGGCGCGAAUUUUCGGUUGAAUUGCUUGUUUUCCGGUUGAAACUGUGUGUGUGAAAUUCCGGAACAUCCCGGAACCAGCUGCUUACGAAAAAGAAAGGUGAAAAAGAAAGCACGUCUGGCGAAAAACAGUGGACCGCUCCCCGAAAAUUUGUCUGUGAAAAGCCCACCGGUUGAUUCUGUGCGCGCGACGACAAUGGAAUUGUCCGGUUCCGGAAGUGGUGGUCUGCUCGGAUGAAGAAGGCCGUUCCUGCGGAAGUGCCAUGUUGGCUGAACCAAUUUGAUUAACCACCCCACCCCCGUUGCCUCCCGUUGGCAAGUGAAAGCAGCAGCAAGCAAAUGACCCCCCGUUGAAGGCCAAAUAAAGAGAGCCUCGAACCCGCACCCCGUUCCGUCCUCCCCCCUGUUCCACUCUCCCCCACCCACCUUCCGGAAAGGAUCACACAUUCCACUUCCCGCGAAAUCAUUUCCAGCAAGAAGAAAGAAUCUUGGCUUCCACGAAGAAUCCAGCAAAAAAAAGAAAAGUAUUGCAAGUGUCGAUCUAAUUUGGCCGUCGCGCAAUUCAAUUCCGCACACACCAAAUUUGCGCAAACGUCAACAAAAGAAGAGGGAAAAGAGGCAGAAGUCAUAAUCCAGUAGACCCCGCGCGCACACGCACACACAAACAAGAAAGAAAAAAGAAAGUAAAGGAAUUUAGUGUGGUAAACACACUUAAACAAAAAAGAGAGAGAGAAAAGAGAAGAAGGUCAAAAACAGUUGGGUGCGGAAACGGGGAAGUGAGGAAAGGGGUGGUAUCCAUUCCCUGCUGGUUGGCUGCUUUCUCCAGCUCUCCGGAACCGGACCCCCGUCACUGCGGCUGGCUGACGCGCGCGCUACAGAAGUUGGGAAUCCGCGAGGCAACGCAAUCUCUCCAAGUUGGACGAAUCUCGACAAUUUACGUACUGUUUAAGGACCAAGGAAUCUCCCCUUAAAGAAUCUUCCUAUCAGAAGAAAUAGGAUUAUUACAAACAAUCAUCGUCACCAUUCACACACAUCUCUGAAAAUGGCCGGACCAGAAAUCACCUUCAUCUUCCAGUUUGGCAACCUGCGGGACAUUGUGACCGUGGCCAGCCAGGCGCUGACGCUGAAAACGCUCAAGGAUCUAGCCUGUGAUUUUAUCAAUACUAAGAUACCCGAAAACGGCCUGAACCGCCUGUCGGACCGUUUGCUCUUAUUCCGCCACGACUACAGCUCGUCCAACGUGCUCCAGAUGAUCAACUCGGCGUCGGAGAUUGUGGACGAAACGCUGGUCGAGAUCGUCCUGACUGCAAAUCCAAUCAGCGCCCCCGGCCAGGACGACAUCCCGCUGGUGCGGCCCCACGCCCUCGCCGUCCACUCGUACAAGGCGCCGACGUUCUGCGACUUUUGCGGCGAAAUGCUGUUUGGGCUGGUGCGGCAGGGUCUCAAGUGCGAGGGCUGUGGCCUCAACUACCACAAACGGUGCGUCAUCAAGGUGCCAAACAACUGCAGCCGGGUCGAGCACACGGGAACGCACCGGCGGAGUACGUCGUCGUCGCUGCAUCCGCCGCGCAGUCCGUCCGGCGGGUCGAGCAAUUCGUUGGUGUCCGCCGGGGACGACGGAACGAGUGCCGGAUCGGGCUCGUUGCUGCUCAACGUCUCCAACACGGGCUCGCUGGGCAACGCCGCCACCUCCGGCAGUGCGAGCAUCCGCCAGAACCGGUCGCCGUCUCUGGGCAGCAGCCGGACCAUGGGCGGCGGCAGCAUCAAGAUACCUCACAGCUUUUCCAUUCACACGUACACCCGGCCCACCGUGUGUCAGUACUGCAAGAAGCUGCUGCGCGGGCUGUUCAAGCAGGGCGUCCAGUGUCGGGACUGCCACUACAAUGCGCACAAAAAGUGCGUCGAGCUGGUGCCGAAGGACUGUACCGGGGAGAACACGCAGCCGGUGGAUCCGCACGGGACGGGCGGGGAACCGGUUAUGGCUUAUAAGGAGGAUCCUGGGGAUGAGAGUGAUUUGGAUGAAGGAGGAGGAGGUGGGGCGUUUUGUGGGAAUAACAACAGUAGCAGUCACCAUAACCGGAAUGUGAAUUUGCUGGAUUUGGGGGGUGGUCCUCCACCGGUCAAGAUCAACGGGAUGAUUUCGCCGAUGCAUCAUGAUGGGGUUGAUUGUGGGGAUCGGUUGGAGGUCAUCUGCGAGCAGUCGCGCCAGUCGAGCAAUUCUUCGUCCUCGCCGAGCGCCAACAUUCCGCUGAUGAGGAUCGUCCAGUCGGUGAAGCACACGAAGAGACGGGACGGGCGCGCGAUUAAGGAGGGCUGGCUGGUGCACUUUACGAACAAGGAAAAAACCGUCAAGCGGCACUACUGGCGGCUGGACUCGAAGGCCAUCACGCUGUUUGUGUCGGAUCAGGGCAGCAAGUACUACCGGGAGAUUCCGUUGAACGAGAUCUUGACGGUGGAUCCGGCGCGGAACCUGCAGAGCGAGGUGCUGCACUGCUUCGAGAUCCGGACUGCGAAUGUGGACUACUUUGUCGGGCAGGACCCGCUGUAUAACUUGAAGGAGGGCGAUCCCAUGCUGGCUCUUCCACCGCCGGACAGUGGAAUCGGCGCGUACCUAGCCAAGAGCUGGGAAACGGCCAUCAAGCAGGCCCUGAUGCCGGUCACAAGCGGAACGCGGACGGAGUCCGCCAGCAGCGAACCCGAGGAGAAGGUCACCGACAUGAGCCAACUGUACCAGAUCUACCCGGACGAGGUGCUCGGUUCCGGCCAGUUUGGCAUCGUGUACGGAGGAAACCACCGGAAAACGACGCGCGCCGUGGCGAUCAAGGUGAUUGACAAGUUGCGCUUCCCGACGAAGCAGGAGGCGCAGCUGAAGAACGAGGUCGCCAUCCUGCAGAAUCUGUCGCACGCCGGCGUGGUCAAUCUGGAGCGGAUGUUCGAGACGCCCGAGCGGAUAUUCGUCGUGAUGGAGAAGCUCAAGGGGGACAUGCUGGAGAUGAUUCUGUCGCACCAAAACGGGAGGCUUAACGAGCGGGUGACCAAGUUUUUGAUCACGCAGAUCCUCGUCGCCUUGAAGUACCUGCACAGCCGCAACAUCGUGCACUGCGACCUGAAGCCGGAGAACGUGCUGCUCUCGUCGGACGCCGAGUUCCCGCAGGUUAAGCUGUGCGACUUUGGCUUCGCGCGGAUCAUCGGCGAGAAGUCGUUCCGGCGGUCGGUGGUCGGCACGCCGGCUUAUCUUGCUCCGGAAGUGCUGCGCAACAAGGGCUACAACCGCUCGCUGGACAUGUGGAGCGUCGGCGUCAUCAUCUACGUCAGCCUGAGCGGGACGUUCCCGUUCAACGAGGACGAGGACAUCAACGACCAGAUCCAGAACGCGGCCUUCAUGUACCCACCGAACCCGUGGAAGGAGAUUUCCUCCGAUGCGAUCGAUCUCAUCAACAACCUUCUCCAGGUGAAGCAGCGCAAGCGCUUCACCGUGGACAAGAGCCUACUCCACUGCUGGCUGCAGGACCUGCAAACCUGGAACGACCUGCGCAUUCUCGAGGCCCAGGUCGGUCUGCGCUACCUGACGCACGAAUCGGACGACGCCCGGUGGGGAGCUUCCACGACGACGACCACGACGUCCUCCGCCACCCUCGUCGGUGGCGUCCCAUGACCAGCGGGAGCCCACCAGCCGACGUUGUCGACCACGGAGGAGGCCGCCGGCGAAGCGGUCGGCAACUGCAGCAGCAACAACACCAGCAGCGGCAGCAAUCAGGCCUCGCCCAAGCUGAACGAUUUUCGCGGCAAGGCGUACAAGUGGGUCCGGGGGCGGCUGUGCCGGCUCAUCAAGGCCUAGUAGGGUGGGUUACAAAUACGGGGCUUCUUCUUUGUGAGUGAGAUUUGAGCGGGCGACCUUUUUUUUGUCCCCCUUGGGAGAAAUGGAUUUAAGGUAAUUUGUAGAUUUUACAGUUCUAACAAAAAAAAACGUUGUAAAGUUACAGCAAAAAUGAUGUAACGAUUUACGUAUAAAAUAUUUAGCCAAGACAAACGAUUACGCGCGUGAAAUUAAGGUGUUGAUCACGCGCAGUGUUUGAAAACAAAAACAAACUAAAGGAAUUGAUACAAUUUGUAAAGCGAUUAACAAACACAAAUUAACUCACAUUUACCUAAAUAUUACAGUAGAAUGCAACCUGCAAAAAAACAACAUUCUACGCGAAACUAAAACUCAUUUUUGACGUAGACUUACGUCUUACUUUUUUUUACUUGCAAAUAAACUUAAAAUCGACGCGGUAGAAAGAGGGAAAGAGCACCUUUUUAUUGAAUGUGCUGAUUGGGAAAAUACUUACUAAACUAUUUUUAAAACUGUAACAGCAACAAAAAAUAACUAUAUUAAAAACUACUUUCUGUCGCGCUUUAUUUGUGCGUGAAUCUUGAAAAAAAAAAGAUCUGACUAUAAUUAGCUACUUGUUUAAGUUUUAUUUUGCCAAUUGUUUAAUACUCUAAAUUCCGUGCAAUUGAAAGAAUCUUUCCAGCAAAAAACUCCAAACUCUUGUGGUGUUAAAUGUUAGAUUUUUAUUCUGUGGAGAAAAGUGGUUCGCCGUACUAGAUAGUGCUUCCGUUUUAAUUAUAACUAUUAACAAAAAAAAAAUCUGUAGUAAGGUUUCGAAAAUUUCGAUUGGAAUAUCACCAAACAAAAAUAUCCGCGAUGAAUCUGUAUUAGUGUUGCUGUCCCAACUAAAAGGGGAAGCGAACAACCGAACAAACAUUCCUUUGAAAUCUGUUUUAAUUUUACUUUAUGUUUAUGUAGUUUUAUCGUUUCUUCUGUGACAAUAAAGUCCCCUCCAAUUUUUAAGUUGAAAGUUUUA